CCUAGUCCACUCCAGUUGGCACCUGGCUGUUUGUCUGAUCAAUUUGCUUAUACCGCAAUACUUUAGUGUAUUACCUUAAUGACCAGGAAGUGUUUCUACCUGAAAAUAGAAGACAGAAGCAGAGGGAAAUCCCUCCAGAGAAGCCACUCCCAGAAAGUUUCGUACAUCGUUACAUUACAAUGCUGGGAGGGAAAGAACCAACUGCGUGCCGCAGGCUCCGUCUACUCACAGUACUGCUCGGUAUAUUCAUUGCCUCAGCCAAUGGAAUUGAAACAGAAGUUAUUCCUCGCAACCCAUCGGAAGGCCACCCUGUUCUUAUUAAUAUCAUUGGCAUCACAGAAGACAUACGAUUCUCUGAGUGGUACCUUGGAAACAACACUUCUGCUGAAAAUCAGAUUAUAAGGUACAACAAUGGAGAUGGUUCUCAAAACAAAGGAGCAAAAUACUUUACCGGAGCCAACAUCUAUCCUAAUGGCUCGUUGGAGAUUCAAAAUUUCCAAAAGGAAUUAGAGAGUAAUUACACCGUAUUUAUCCAGGGGAGGGCUAAUCCAUAUCAACAGACUGUCUUCCUCAGUGUAGCGAUGGUUUCAUCCAACACAAUACAAGUUCAGCGGAUUCCUGAUUCACCGCGAGUAAAUCAAACUGUUCUUUUUAAUGUCACUGGGAUCUCAGAAAACAUUCGAUUCUCUGAGUGGUACCGAGGAAAUGACACAUCUGCUGCAAAUCAGAUUAUAAGAUACAACAAUAAUGAUAAUUCUAAGAAUUUGGGGGCGAAACACAUUGAAAGUUCCUCCAUCUUCGCCAAUGGCUCCUUGGAGAUUAAGAAUGUCACAAAGGAUCUUGAGGGUGACUACACCGUCUUUAUCCAGGGAGCUCAAACUCCAUUUCAGAGCACCGUGUCCUUGAAGGUUGACGUCUUCCUCAGUGUAGCGAUGGUUUCAGCCAACACAAUAGAAGUUCAGCGGAUUCCUGAUUCACCGCAAGUAAAUCAAACUGUUCUUUUUAAUGUCACUGGAAUCUCAGAAACCAUUCGAUUCUCUGAGUGGUACCGAGGAAAUGACACAUCUGCUGCAAAUCAGAUUAUAAGAUACAACAAUAACGAUAACUCUAAGAAUUUGGGGGCGAAACACAUUGAAAGUUCCUCCAUCUUCGCCAAUGGCUCCUUGGAGAUUAAGAGUGUCACAAAGGAUCUUGAGGGUGACUACACCGUCUUUAUCCAGGGAGCUCAAAAUCCAUUUCAGAAAACUGUGUCCUUGAAGGUUAGCGACCCGAGUACCGACAGGCGUGGUUUGAGUGGUGGAGCGAUAGCUGGCAUUGUCAUAGGUGUUUUAGUAGCGGUUACAGUUGCAAUUGUUGUUGGCGUAUAUGUGUUUAAGCCUAAAGACUCAGGUUAAUGAUUGGGUGAAUUUUGAGGGUCAGAGGUGGAAAUCCUAUCCAGAGGAUUUAUUACAGAGAAGCUUAUUGGGUCUUCCACCUUUCUAAGCAUAACUCUAUAAUGGAGAUCUGAGUACAACAAACUUUCAAUCAAGCUGCGUUUGACAAUAACAAUCUCACCUCUGACUCUAGAUGGGCAGAUUUACUAAGACACCAAAUAUCUCUCUCUCUCAUUUUGCACAGCAUGAAUGGUCUUUUAAAUGUUCAAUAUUAAUGGAUCAAUCCACCCUAAUCUGAUAUUUAAUUGGCGGGCUAAGCCCCAGCUAAAAUAUUUAGGAACUUAAGUAGUAAGAUUUCUUAAAAAAAAUCCAACAGUAGGGCUGGAUUCACACUGGUACGACACGACUGUUAUCCUUCUUUGCCCUGCGACGUGGGCCCUACUUUGGUCCUACUUCUAUCCGACUUGAAUGAAUGAGAUAAGAUCUGGCUCCGACUUUGAGAUAGUCUGACUGGUCCUUUUGACCAAUCAUACCAAUCCCAGCUGCUGUAAUCCCCAUGUUGGAUGGUUAGGACAAGGAUCCGACUUCCCAAUAUAUUUAGGACGUGGCACUGCGCUACUAUAGACACCCACAGCCCACCCUGUGGUUCGUGAUCUAUUGAUAUUCUUUUAUUAAUUCAAGGAUCCGACUUCAGCCCAUUGAAUAUCAUUGAAGUCGGACCAACCUAGUGCAGGAAUCUUUUUCAAAGUCGGUUAAAG